AUGAAUAAAUACAAUGAAUUGAACAAAAAUGCUAAUUAUUUAAAAGAAUUAAUUAUAAAUGAAUGUGAAGCAACAUUUGAAAAUCUUGAAUUAUUAUUAAAAUAUACACCGAAUUUAAGAAUAUUCUCAAUAUUUAUUAUAAGUGAUAUGAAUAUGUUUGAUGGUAUUCGUUGGCAAAAACUUCUUGAAUCUUUAUUAAAACAUUUAAUUAUUUUCAAAUUCUAUUUUCAAGAUGAGAAAUUCGAAAAACCAAUGGAAAAAUUGAAUAAAUUUCAACGAUUUCAAAAUGAUUUUUGGCAUAAACAACAUGAAUGGUAUACGAAUUUAGAAAUUUAUACUCGUACUUCAACAAUUUAUACAAUUCCAUAUGAAAGAAAGAAUUAUGAAUUAACAUUUAAUACAAAUAAACAUGGUUAUUUAUGGAUGAAAAAUUCCAAUGUAUUUGAUAAUGUUAAAACAUUAACUUUAACAACAAAAUUAAUUGUAAACAAUGCGGAAUAUUAUUUCAAAAAUGUUGAAUCAUUAAUAUUAAGAUGUUACUCAUAUGAAAAAAUUUAUGAGAAUGAUGAUAAAUCGGAUUUAAACUCAACAAAAAUCAAAUUACUUCGUACAAUUGUUAAUCUAUCAAAUAUCAAACAUUUAACAAUUGAUAAUGAUAUUUACUUGACUUCAGCAUUAUUCCUAGAUUUAUUAAAAGAAUUAUCAAAUGUUUCAUCACUAAAAAUCGAUGAGGAUCAGUUAAUGAAGAUUUUCGAUAAUAUUGAAUUAUGUGAAUAUUUAAAUGAAAAUAUUAAAAAAUUAGAAAUUUUUUCUGCUCAAUUCUUCGAUAAAAGAAUAUUUUUAAAUAAAAUUAAUAUAUUAUUGUCUCAAGUAUUUCCCAAUAUCGAACAGUUUACAUGUGAUUAUAUGAAACGGGUUGAUGAUUUAUUAGUAAUAUUAAAACAAUGUUCAAAAUUAUCAAUAAUAAAGUGUGAAGGGAUUAGUAAAUCUGUAAAUUCGUGGAUUGAAAUUAAUGCAUCAAAAUUAGAUGUGUAUCUGGAUUUUGAAUUCGUCAAUGAAGAUAACGACGAUGAUGAAUAUGACUAUGAUGAUGAAGAUGAAUAUGAUUAUGAUGAUGAUGAAGAACAACUGAAACGAAGUUUAUUGAAUAGAGAUUUAAUCUAA